UAUUAGGCGUCGUCGUAUCUGAAAGUAGUUCCGGGCACUUAACCCAACGGGGGAGAGUCCCGGAUGUUGGCUCGGCCACCGAGAGAAAGGCGAACGGGAGAAGGCGGAGAGAAGCUGAAGAGGGACGCCACGGCACCGCACGCACACCGGUGAAGCUACGGCUGCGGCGCUUCUUUGCACUGGACGAUAACGUCAAGAGCACAGGACGCUCCUGGGGAGCCCCCGCUAGCUGAAGAAGAGGAGGUGGAAGGAAGGGGUGGGGGUAGUUACUCUUAAACUACCGUCAGGAUUACAGAGAGCCACCGUCACAUCAGCUUUCACCCAGAAGUUAACCUACAGAAGACGUCAUGCUGAUGUCUUGAGCUGAGGGAGACUUCAUCCUUAACCUGUCACUCAUCCGUGUUAGUUAUUCCACACCUGGUCCAGCCUCCACCAGUUACAGAGCACCAACAGCAACCACCACCGACUCCACCUUUUCCCCAUCCCCCUCCUGCCCAGCCUGCCGUCACCAUGACGUCGGAGCUGGAGAGCAGCCUGACCUCCAUGGACUGGCUUCCUCAGCUGACCAUGCAGGCAGCCAUCCGCAAGGCAGAUGCCCAGAAUGUACACGGGCCAGGCAUGGGCAAGAAGAGUACCCUACUGGAUCCUAACACCACAUUGGACCAGGAGGAGGUGCAGCAGCACAAAGACGGAAAGCCGCCCUACAGCUACGCCAGCCUCAUCACGUUUGCCAUCAACAGCUCGCCAAAAAAGAAGAUGACACUGAGCGAGAUCUACCAGUGGAUCUGCGAUAACUUUCCCUACUACAGGGAGGCAGGCAGUGGCUGGAAGGUCCAUUCCAAGGUUGGCUUUACAGCAACAAAGCAGAACUCAAUACGGCACAAUCUGUCAUUGAACAAGUGUUUUCUCAAAGUGCCUCGCUCCAAAGAUGACCCAGGAAAGGGCUCUUAUUGGGCCAUCGACACCAACCCAAAGGAGGAUGCCUUGCCUACACGGCCAAAGAAGAGGCCGCGGUCAGGAGAGCGGGCUUCUACGCCGUACAGCCUGGAGUCGGAGUCUUUGGGGAUGGAGUGUAUGAUCUCUGGAAGUGCCUCUCCAACACUGGCAAUCAACACUGUGACUAACAAGGUGGCGUUGUACAACACAGACCAGGAAGGGAGCGAUAGUCCAAGAAGCAGCCUUAACAACAGCCUGUCUGAUCAGAGUCUGGCUUCCGUCAAUCUCAACAGUGUUGGCAGUGUGCACAGCUAUACACCGGUGACCAGUCACCCCGAGCCUGUGUCCCAGUCUAUGAGCCUCCAGCAGCCCCCACAGUCCCAGUACAACAUGCCAGACAGGGACAAGCAGCUCCUGUUCUCUGAAUUUGAAGAUCUCAGUGCCUCCUUUCGCAGCCUUUACAAGUCCGUUUUUGAGCAGUCCUUCAGCCAACAAGGUCUGAUGGGCAUACCGUCAGAUUCCUCCCAGCAGACCCACACCUCCUGCUCCUAUCAGCACUCCCCCAGUGGCAACAUUAGCACUCAGAACAGCAUGUCAAACAACCAACCCAACAGCCACCCCAACAGCCACUCCGCCAACAGUGGCCAGGUGCCCCUGUCCCAUCCUGCCCAAGCGCACCCAGGCCACGGCUCGCCCCACGCACAGCACCUCCCACAGCACGGCGGUCCCCACAGCCAACACACCCAGCACAGCCAACACAGUCAACACCCCCAGCACGCUGCGCACUCUCAGCACGGGCAGCACCCAUCGCAGCACCCGUCCCACGGCCAGCACCCACAGCAACACACGCCACACCCCUCCCAACACACGCAGCACAGCCAGCACCCUGCUCAACACGGACAGCAGCAUCAGAGCCUCUCCCACCAGCCCCAUCCUACCCAGCAACAGAUGGCCUGCAACCCAGGUUUACUGUCUGACUGGUACCCAAAUCUGGAUGCACUGAAAGAAAGCUGUCGUAUUGCUAGCAGCUAUAACUGGGCUGAUGUCGACCUUUCACCUUUCCAAGGAUUGAGAGAGAGUAUGAGACAAGCGGAGUUGAACAAUUGGUCCCUGGAACCCACCCAGAUUGCCGACCUCUGCUCGUCCAUCAACCAGUUUUUUGCUCGCACUGGUGUAAUCCAGCCACAGGGGGCAGUGCAGCCUCCUGUUUGUCAUGGCUCCAUGCUCCCCAACAAACCCAGCCAGCACCUCAACACAGGAAAUCUCUACAUGGACACCAGACAGAGCAUGUCCAUGAUGGGUCCUCCAGGAUAUCCCCACAUGCCACACAGCGCGGGACCCACAAUGACAGGACACCAUGCACAGAUGAACCAGCAGCACAUGAUACCUACCAGAAACUUCCAGAUGCAUCGCAUGCCAGCUGAUGACAUCCAGGAUGACUUUGAUUGGGACUCCAUUGUCUAGCCCCUAGACCUCCUUUUGCAAAACAAAAGGGAGCGAGGAGAGAAGGUGGAAGCCAGGCUGAGCUGAAAGGCCGCAGGAAGAGUAGGAGGCCACUGUGGGUGGGAUGCAGAAGAACAUUUGACAAGCUUUGGAGAAAGACAGACUUCAGAGUCCUGACAUUUUUACAAAAGCAAAACAUAACAUAGAAAAUGUUACUUUGAAGACAAUCAUAUUUAGUCGGACAUGUUAAAGUGAUUGCUUAUCUACUUGUCCAGAGACAAGUAGAACACAUUCAUGUCUAAACCACAUGCUCCUCAGCUCCUCAGCCAGCCUUCUCCCCGUCCCUAGCCAGCAGCCUUCCAAAGUCCGAACCCCUCCACCCAAAUCCCUGCUCCGUAACUGUUAUGUGAUUUGAGCGACGUGUUCAGCUUGUAAUUCUUCUCGUGUUGACAUUGGCCUCAGCUGCCUCUUGGAUGAGUUUCUCUCUUUAAAAAAAGAAAAAGGAAAAAAAAAGAAGUUUUAUUUUAUUUUUUGUUUUUAAGAAACACAGGCUGAUUCUGUGAGUAAUGUGAUGGUGCUCGUUUGUCACAUUUGGGAGAAAGUGGGCCCCACUGUGGCUGAAUUGGUGGUAAAGUCAGGUUUACAAUAACUUUGAACAGGGUGUUAAAUGUUUAAGCAGGCUUGAAAUUAAACAAACCGAGAGAGAAAGGGAGAGAAAGAUGAGAGAAAGCAUGUUGAUGUGUUUGCAUAGCCAACCAACGUGAUCAGGCUCACUGCAGCAGACUAGUUAUGGGAGUACAGCAACUUGGUUUUCUCUGUAUUCUGUCUCAAGCACUUCCAGAUGAGUCAAUAUGAUGGGUCUGAAAAGAAGGUGAAGGCAGGAAUUUCUUUUUGUCUUUUUAAAUUCUUUAAACCAAAAGUAACGUGGUUUGGUUUUGGUUCUCUGUGUGCAUCAUGUCUGUUAAUAAUUGUUUAACGUAAAAUACUAAACAAAUUCACAUUUUCAAGCUAGUUUUAAUGGUAAAGUUCAUUAGUUUUAGGUGAGUAGCCUAUUGAUCAUUAAACAAGCCACCCUCAUUCACAGACAAUGAAAUAAUUUGCAAUAGAGUCUGAUGGGCCAGUAUUAUCGGCUGAUCAUCUUAUUACUCAUAUAUCUGUAUGAACAUAUACAGUAUGUCAGCUAAUAAGCAAUAAGUUGCUGUCGAGAAAUGUCAAAGAUAUUUUAGAAACGUUGUUCCUAUUACACAGUAGGCCAGAGAGCACUGACAAGUUUAUUUUGAAAUUAUUUGUCCUGAUCCGCAAGUAUCAUGAUCACAAUUUUAGAGAAUCUAAAAUGUUAACAAAAAAAAAAAAAAUAUAUAUAUAUAUCGGUUGAUAUAUCAUCAUCCGAUCUUUUUAAACCUUAAAAUAUGGGUAUUUGCCUCAGUAAUCCAGUAUCCGCUGGGCUCUAGUUUGCAAGAAAGUUUUCAUUUAAAUGUACCGUCCAUAUCAGUGGGGUUUGGUAUUAUUAAAGCUAUAGUCUGACAUUUUGGGAGGUGAGAAGAUUGUUGAGGAAAUGUGAAGAUACACUGUAAAAAAAAAAAGAGGGGGAAACGGGUAUCCUGGCUACGAGCUCUUCCAAAGCUCACUGCUUAACUCAUAUCUCAUUUGUUUUUUACUGAAGCGUAAAAACAAAUAGUUGUGGUUUUACUGCGGGUUAUGUGCCGGACUAUUUCUAUGGCUGGCUGCAGACUUCCUGGAGAUAUAAUAUUGUAAUUACUGAGCUUUAGAGGUGCUGGUAGGCUGAUUUGAUGUAACAAUUGGACAGAGUCAUAGUAGCCAUUUCUCUGGUUCAAUCUUUCCCACUAUAAGAGUGGUAUUUAUCUUCUCUUCUAACUCUAUGCAAGAAAGAGUAUUAACAUAUUUCCCUUCCAAUAUGCCAAACCAUUCCUUUAAACAAUUUCUCUUCAAACUGUAUGCAAACCAUGUAAUUUAUACUAGUGACCGUAACAAGUGAAACGUAAAGAGCUUGUGUGAAAUUUUAAGAGUAAUGGUUUUAAGCCUCACUGACUGGAAGCAUUGCUAGUAGACUAAUCAAGUGUGUUAAAAUAAAAAAUGAAAGAAGGCUGUUAAAAAGUGUUAACACUUCUUUAAAUGUUCUUAUACUAAUUCAUUGAUUAAUGAUCAAUAGGAUAUGCAUCAUCAGACGUUUCCAUUUGAAGAGAGGGCAAAAAAAAAAAGUUUAGUUUUACUGCACGUUUCUUUGAUUUGUAAAAUAAGUUUCGUGCCUUUUCCACCUGUACAUCAAAGUUAUACAAUCAUUGUGUGCGUGCGUGUGUGUGUGUGUGUGUGUGUGUGUGUGUGUGUGUGUGUGAGAUUUUAGGGCUAUGGUUGAUUGCUCCAAUCAUCUCUAUGCUAUCUAUGAGCACAAAAGCAGAUGCACACAGUGAUUUAAAGAGUAGAUUUGAGACUUGUUUUUUGUGUGAAAGGUUUCCGAAGCACAGAACAGGGAGAUCAGCGGUUCUGGAAACCUGUCCUCUGUGUCUUGUAGCAAGUGGCUUCUCAAUCAGACAGGUCCUGGACUUUAGAGACACUAGGUUGAAGAAGAAGAAGAAGAAAGAAAAAAAACCCGCCCUUUGCACACCUUCUGUUGAUCUUAACUGUUUGUAAGAUGCAAAGCACAUGCUUGAUCUCAAAAAUCUCACCUACUCAUUCUUUCAUUUAGUCAUUUACUCAGUAAAACUAUCAGUUGUCACAGACAAUGAACAAGAUUAUUUAUCUUCUCUUUAAUACUGAUGACCUUCACAUCUAUAACACUGUGUCCUUGUUCAAAGGAAUAGUUCAAUAUUUUGGAAUUUGUUUUGAAGCUACAAUCAACAUCCAAAUCCAUCUGCAAGUAGCAAGUUUACUAGUAAACGUGUUAUAUCUCGUGUGUUUAUCUGUGUAAAAAAAAAAAAAAAAAGUACUGUUCUAUUUACUGUACAAACAUGACAUCAUCUAACUCUUGGCAAGAAAGUGUAUUUCCCAAGAUGUCAAGCUAUUCCUUUAAGAUAAUUUAACAAAUAGGUCACAGUUUUGAUUUCACAUUUGGAUGACAAUCAUGAUUUCUUUUUUCUUUUUUUUUUCUACGAUAUUGCAUAAUGUCUUUGUUAUUGUGAGAAAAGGCAUGUUCAAGUCUCACAUGGUCGUUUUAUUGGAAGCUAUGGAACCAGAUGUUUCUAUGUUUGAGCACAUGAAAACUGGAACCAGUCCAGGUUUAUAUUGCAGAUCGUCUGUUAAACUGUCCACAGCUGCCCCGUGCAGAUGAAGUCAAAAUCUGUUCUUUCAACUGAUAAUGAACUGCCAUUCAUUUUUAUAUUUUCCUGCCAAUCGUACCUGUCCACUCCUUUUUCUUCCUGCUACGUUUUGUCUGUCUUUGUAUAUCAAAUGUCUGCUGGAUGUGGGGGAUUUCCUUGCCUGUGAUCGCAACUAUGAGGUUUUUAAAGUUUUGUUCAACUGCCAGAAUUUCUUAAUCAAUGAUCAGAUCGAGUACUCAGUCAGUUGAGUGACCCAAAUCAUGACUUUUUUUAGGUGAGUGUGGGACAAAGGACUGCAACUAAAGGCAGCAGUGAAAAAGAGCAUCAAUGUGUUUUCAUUAGGACUCUAUGGACCUACAAUAGAGAACAUCCUGUGAGUUCUUGGUCGGUGGGAAGGAGAAGUGUGUUUCAGUUCUUCCAGGUGAAGAUCAUUAACACACAAGCUACUAUCUGAGCACAGCAGCCAAUUGGGAAAACAAAAGAAUUGAGCAAACGGAUGUGGCUUAAAGGGGAAAAAGGUGAAGACAAUGACUGGAUCACAAUUUAGUGUGUGUGUGUGUGUGUGUGUGUGUGUGUGUGUGUGGAUGUAUUUUGUGUUUGCUUGUGCGAGAUUUAGUUCCUCUUCAAAAGACGAUCUAAGUUUUUAAAUACCGCUGGACAUGCACCUGCCAGAGUGAUGACUAUUAUUGGAGAGAAAAGAUAAAAAGAAAAGCCUUGUUACAAUAUGGGAGAGAACUGCCAACAAGUACUGCUGAUUGGGGCCUAUUUUAUUCAGUGCUGGUGUGUUGUGCUUGUGCAUAUAUGUCUUUUCAAUCAUCCCUUUUUUCCUCUCGGGGGUGGGGUAUCAAGACAGGAGGUGGGUCUUAUUCAUGAAAGACCGGAGCGAAAAGAAUAGAGUAUUUUGUUAUUGUCCAAUCAGAGGGUGACAGUAUGUAUAUAUCUAUAUUGUAUAUAUCUGAUGAAAAUGCGUUGGCUUUUUGUGUGACACUACCUUUUACCUGUACUAUGGUUCUACAUUCAGUGUUUCAGUGUUGAUAAUAUAUAUUUGGUUUGUGUUUUAUUUUUCUGUUUUGUUUGAUUUCGUCUUUGUCAUUUCCUGUAUAUUUUUUUCUCUCCUAUUUGUCCUUUUUUUGUUUAUUGCACGGUUUAUACUUUUGUUGUCCAAUGAGGUGACACAGCUACUCUUUGUAUUCGUUUAGUGCUGUAAAAUAACUCGAAGUGUUGAUACCACCGCCCACCCCACCCCUUCCCCUAUAUGCAUGAAUGGCACUUAAAGAAAUAAAAUAUGGUAACUUCACUGUG